CGGGCGCUGCUGGGCGCCGUGAACAGCCUCCUGCGGCAGCGCCGCUACCGCGCCGCGCUCGCCGUGCUCAAGGGCUUCCGCAACGGCGCCGUAUAUGGAGCAAAAAUUCGAGCGCCACAUGCCCUGGUCAUGACUUUUCUGUUCAAGGAUGGAAGCUUAAGAGAGAAACUGAAAUCCAUUGCCCAGGCCACAUACACUCACUCCCGGAACCUGGCUUACUUCGUGUUCACCUACAAGGGGCUGCUGGCGUUGCAGUCCCGACUGCUGGGGAAAAAAAUGCCACUUCACUCUUUCUGUGCAGCCUUCAUUGGAGGUUGGCUGGUGUUUGGUGAGAACAAUCCCAUCAAUAGCCAGAUUAUUAUGUACCUGCUGUCUCGCAUCCUGUUUGGCUUGUCUCGGUUGGCAGUAGAAAAGGGCUAUGUCCCGCAGCCCAAGCAGGAUCCCUUCCCACUUGUCGCUGCUCUGUUGUGGGGGACAGUUCUUUGGCUCUUUGAAUAUCACCGGCACACUCUGCAGCCUUCUCUUCAGUCCUCCAUGACAUACCUGUAUGAUGAUAGUAAUGUAUGGCAUGACAUUUCUGACUUUCUCAUUUAUAACAAAAGGAGUACAAGCAAGUAACCUCUUCGUUGCGAAGCGCCUCUGAAAGGGGUGGUACAUUCCAAAAGCUAAGGAAAAGGAUUAUUCUGAUGCUCUGUACUGAUGAACUUUUGAAAUUAACCUCUAUCAAGCUGAGUUGCCUCUUGGGUCUUUGCCGAAUUGUUCUGAUUAUAAUUAAUCUAGUCUUCUGUUAGCUCUGUUUAGAGCAAGUGAACAUCCCACAGAAACUUGUUGCAGUGCCUCAGUGGGAGAAAAUUCUUUAGGAAGCUUCAGUUAAAAUAGUGAGGGUUUUUCUUU